AUGUCUAUAAAGCGCGUUGCAGUCAUCGGCACAGGCCCCUCCGGCGCAAUAGCGGUUGAUGCCCUGGUGCAGGAAGGCGCAUUCGACGUUAUCCGUGUCUUUGAGAGACAGGAGAAGGCCGGUGGGAACUGGGUCUCACGGAAAACAGAACGAGCAGAACCCCUCGACAUCAACAAUCUAAGCACUCGGACAGCCGACAAGCCAGUCGAGAUCCCGUCUAGUCUACCAUGUCAUACGCCCUCUGUCAAAGCGCACCGUUAUACAGACUCGCACAUCUACCCCAACUUGCACACAAAUGUUGACGCCAGUGUAAUGGAGUACUCCGGGUCCGACGAGAGAAUCCCAACAGUCCGCUCGGAGUGGUCAAUUGGCCUACAUGGCGAGGACACGCCUUUCCGGCAUCAUGAGGUCAUAUGCGGGUAUGUGGAGAGCUUGCUGGAGAGGAACGGGUACCAGGAUCUAGUGCAGUAUAAUACGACCGUUGAGCGGGCUGUCAAGGACGAAGAGAUGGGCGAGUGGGUUUUGACGCUGAGAAAGGCGGGCACGGGGGAAGAGGGCAAGGAGGACUACUGGUGGACGGAGACGUUUGAUGCGCUUGUUGUUGCGUCCGGUCACUACCACGUCCCUUAUGUCCCAUCCAUUUCUGGGCUUAAGGAAUUUGCGGAGAGAUAUCCCGGAAACGUGGAGCACGCGAAGCAGUACCGGGGCCCGACGAAGUACAAGGGAAAGAGGGUCGUAACAAUCGGCGCCUCCGUCUCCGCCGCUGACACCGCAGUCUCGCUCAUAAACUCCGCCCAAACACCCAUCUACUCCGUGACCCGCGGCAAAUACAACAUCUACUUCGGCGACCACGCAUUCAAGCACCCGUCCAUCUCCCUCCGCCCUGCAAUCUCCCACAUCGAGCCCAAGAGCCGAACAGUUCACUUCGAAGACGGCACCUCCGUGUCGGACGUCGACCACCUCAUCUUCGGCACAGGAUUCACCUGGACCCUCCCGUUCCUCCCUCAGAUCCCGAUUCGGAAUAACCGCGUCCCGGAUCUCUAUCUGCAUGUCUUCCAUCAGUCCGAUCCAAGCCUUAUAUUCCUCGGUGCUGUCGGUGCGGGUCUUACAUUCAAGGUCUUUGAGUGGCAGGCCGUUGCCGCGGCGAGGGUGUUAGCUGGACGAGCAAAGUUGCCGCCGCUGGAAGAACAGAAGAGGUGGGAAGAAGAUCGGAUUGCGGUUAAAGGUGACGGCGCUGGUUUCUUGAUGGUUAACCCGGAUUUCGAGACGUAUUUCGAGCAGUUGAGGGCUAUUGCUGGCGAGCCGGUUGGCAAGGGAAGGAGGUUGCCGGCGUUUGAGCAGAAGUGGGUGGAUGAUUUCUCGGCGGGCCAUGAGAGGAGAAUCCGCAUGUGGAAGAGGGCGAAUGAGGCUGCUGCUGCUGAGGUUCAGAAGGUGUCUGCCCAACCAUAG